AUGGUAGAAAGCUCCUCCUCGGCUGCGGCUGCCGGGGCUGCGGGUUCCCUGCUGCUGCCGGGCGGCUCCAUGGAGACCCUGCUUCGGCGCACGAGUCUGGGCGGUGCGGGCAUUCGCGUGCCUUGUCCGUUGUGCAGCAGCGUCGCCUGCAGCAGCUGCGCGUGCUUCGCGCUGCCGCCGGCGUCGAGUGUCCCUGCGCGGUCUUUCUCCACGCUCUCCGCCAAGCGCCCCAACAGCAGCUGUACCGGCGCGCAUGCACAUGCGGGCGACGCCCGCCUCCCCGCCGGCGGAGCCUCGCCAGGGCGCGCCGUCGAGCCCGCAGACGACUUCUUCGAAGUCGACGACCUCGCGUGCCUCUUGAGCCGCAACAGUUCAUGGACGCGCGUCGCCGUUCAGCUGCCGACGGAGAUGCUCGCUGAGGCGCCCUGGCUCUCUCACAGACUCCGCACGGCCUGCAAAAACAGUCGAGACUCUCUGUGCAGUGUGCUAGCCCGCGGCGCGGAGACGCCCUCGCCGGCUUGCGCCGGGGGUCCGGGCGCCGCCGGAAGGGGUGGCGACGUCUCUCGUGAGCGCGGGGCGCCCGAGAGGGACGCGGCCACGCCGCAAGGCGCCGCCGUCAGGAGGGCGAAUCUCGCGGGAGAGGAAAUCGAAACCGAAGACCAACUCCGAAAGAGAAUUAAGAUGGGAAUGAAAGCGGGCGAUGCUUCGAAACCGGGAGCGACGGCCGAGGACGGAGGGGGCGUCGCGGACGCUCACCAGAAGGAGACGUGCGGCGGCGGUAACGACCCCGCCAGAUGCAAGCCCGCCACCGUACUGGCUAAAGAGGAGAAGCGGAAGGGCGGCGUCGCGCCGACGUUUUUUCUCCUCGGAGACACUGUUCACAGCAGUUGCUGUGCCGAUCAGAUCGCCGCCUCCCACAUUGAGCCCCACGCUCUGAUCCACUACGGCUACUCGUGCGUGAGCUGGCCGGCGACCAGCCCGCCGUACCCCAUUCUGUACCGCUACACGUCUCUCCCGCUCAAUGUGUCGCACUUUUCGUGUUCGCUGUGUCGGAGGCUGAAGCAGCUGCGCGCUGAGAACCAGGCCGCUGGGCGAGAUGUCGAGCCGCGGACGCACUCGCGGGGGGGCUCGCCGUCUCCAGGUCGCAGCCCGCGUCGAGCCCAAGCAGACGCGCCGCAGAGCGCAAGUCGGGGCGAGGGAACGGGGCGCGGGCCGUCGCUGACGUUUGUCUCUUCGGCUCUGGGAGACGGUCUUUCGCUCUCCGCCGCUCUGCAGCAGUCCUCGUCGUCUCUGGCGUUCCGAGGCCGCGUAGGGCCUACGGCGCCGCCCUCCACUUUCCGCCCUGUCUCCUCGCUAUCCGGCGGGGGGAUUUUCUUCAGGUCUUCCGCGUCGGCUCCUCUCGUUCUUGUGUACGAUGUCAGGUAUCAGUACGCGCUGCCCUGCAUUUUGCAGCACCUCGCCUCGCUCUUUCUCGCGCCAUCGCCGCCGUCCUCUGUCUCCACGACGCCGCCACUGUCUUCCCCGGCCUCAGGGACGCCGCCGCUGCAUCCCGUCCGCAGCCCCGCCCCGCACAGCAACGGAGGAGACUCAGUCGAAGGGACGGCUUACUCUUCCGGCUCGUCCUCGCCGCGCACCUACGCAUUUUGUGCAACGAGCGAACAUUCUCUCCAGGCGGCGGCCGACGCCCUCGCGGCCGCAGAAGGGCAGCAGCACCAAGCCGCGCUCGGCGACCGAGGCAGGCAGAGGGAAAAGGCACCCCUGCGCGGUAUUGAACAAGGCGGCCCGCUCGUUCUCGGCUGUGAAAUCGCCAGUGGAGGCGGUUCGCGCAUGGCUGUUGUCGGCAACGCGAUGCAGCCGGCUGCGCCUCGAGAACUGUCCCCCGAGCGAGAUGGCAGCGACUGGAGACACUGCUCGCCCUCGCCUUCCGCGUCCUCAGACCUCAUCAAGCGCGUCGGCGGCGGCGCAGGCGACUGGCAACCGACCAGUCUGUGCGUGGCGUUGGCGCCGAGUGCGUGCCUGCCGUCCUCGAAGAGCUUCAACCUCCGCACUUUGGAGCCCUUGAGCCAGCGAGCGGCGCAGCAGGUUGAGAAACUGGAGGAGGAGGAGGAGCUGGAUCCCUCGGAGCUGCAGCGUAGACAGUUCUCGUCGCUCACGAUCUCGUUCGCAAGCCCCAGCGCUUCGAUGACUCUCCAGAGUGCCUCGACGCCGGGGGCGGCUUCGGCGGGUCCUGCGGCGGCUUCGGCGGAGCCGCCUUCGCCCGCUCCCCCGCCGACUUGGUUGUUCUCGCUUCCCUUCUCGUGGACGCCGCGGCUGGUGUUUCUGGGACCGCAGCUGCAGCCGGCGCAGAGGCUCCUUCAGCAGCAGGCGGCGGCCCGGGUAGCAGGAGGGAAGGCGGGAGGAGGGGAAGGGUUCUCUGUGCGAGCCGCGGGCGCGAGUUUGCGUCUGUCGCUCAACGCGUACACGACAGUCGCAGGGCGCUUCGUCUUCCAAGUUUUCUACCGGACCUUCGACCGCACCGUAGGCUUGGCGCCGGUGCUGCCGCUCCCGAGCUGCAUCGGCAGAGGAGCGUCCUCCUCAAAGCGGGCGAAGGCGCCUUCGGCGCGCCCUGAGUUCGUCCCCAUCGACGUGGCGCUCGGCGGUUGGUCCGCGGUGGCCGACUGCGGCGCCGGGGGUCGCGAGCGCGGCGGCGAGGUCGCGUUUCUCUAUCUAGGCCCCACAGUGGACUCUGCGCCCAGCGAGAGCCAGCCCGUCCAGCCGGCAGGCGCUGCGCGGUUCACGUAUACGUCUGCGUCGCAUCCUGCCGCGUACUCUUUCGCGACGGCGCUGGCUGGGGUCUCCGGCGAAGGGCCUGCCGGGGGCGGCGCGUGUCAGGCCUCGCCGAGCCUCGUCGUGGAGCGCGUGUUUGAAGGCAACGAGACGCUGGCAGGGUGGCGGAGCUACCGGGAGAUGCGAAGGAAACUCGUGCCGUCUCCGCUUCUCCUCCGGCUCCUGUUGAGGUAUGGCGGCGGAGACCGCGCGCGCGUGCUGAGCUACGACCCGACUUUCUUCACGGGGCCACCGAACCAGGAACACCUCGUUCAGCAGUUCCAGCGGCUGCAGCUUGUGGAUCAACAGCGCGAGGAAGAAGACGCCGAGCUGCUUCUGCUUUCCCCCGACACGACCGCCGACGAGGCUGAGGACUUGCCUGACGAGGGCUCCAGGCGCCGGCGCAGACCGCGGACGCUCUUUGGCGGGGUCGACAGGAGGAGAGCGGCCUCCCCGUCCUUUUGGUCGCAGCAAGAGGAGGAAGAACUUGCGGCGCUCGACGGCGUGGGAGAAGAGGAGAAGGACUACUUCCGCGCCUCGCUGUGCAUCCUGGACGAAGUCGAUCGCGCCUCGCUUGCGAGUCAGAAGCAGUACGCGCGGGUGACGCCGUUCGCGGAAACCACAACCUGCGCCGCUUUGCUGCUUCUGGGGUCGCAGGUCUACGGCCAGCCAAGCGUGUUGGCGUACGUGCAGAAGAAACUGCAGGACAUGGGGAGGGAAGACGACGACAGGCAGCCGCGCCACGUCGUCCGCAUCGCCAUGGGCGAGGUGACGCCUGCGAAGCUUCUGAACUUCGAGGAAGUCGACGCCGCGUGUCUCUUUGGCUGCCCCGAGCUGUGUCUUCGCCUCCAGCAGGAACAAAAGUAUCGCGGCAUUUCUCAGCUCCUCGUCCUCCCCAUUGAUGCGCUGGUCGCCACAGAUGAAGCGUUCCCCUGGUCGCCGUCAAGGCUGAUGAUUGAGGCCGAUGAACUCAGCCAGGAAAUUGCCGCAGUCUGUGCGUCUCAGCAGCGCCCCAAGGCCCCCCGCGCUCCCGAAGAACCAGAGAAGCGCGAAGAGGGCGAAAGCGCUUACGCUUCCCUGUCUGAACAGCUUUCUGAAGACCUUGUGGAGCGUGCUGGACAAGGCAGUGCAGGAGAGCAGCGCGCACACACAGAUGUCGCGAAGGAGAAAGCGAACGGCUGGGAGGUGGCGCUCAGGGGCGGUUCCGAUGCGCUUCAAUGUGUCUUGGGGCAAGAUGUGCUUCGAACGAAUGCCGCGCGGAACUACAAGGGUGUCACGUUUGGCGAGGAGGCGGUCCAGGAGCAGGGAAAGUACGAACGAUUCCCGCCGGCGCAGGAGAUUCUUGAAGGCCUCUCUGGCGUCGCCAGCGGCUAUGACAAAGAGAAACACGACAGGACGCGGGAGCGCGAGGAGGCGGGGGCCGAGUGA